UCACCCCGCCGCCAGUGUCCGUGUGUCAGUGGUCGCAGGAGGUUGUCACGCCCCUCCCCUCCAUCCCCCCCUCCGUUACCUAGCUAACAAGUGGUUUAACGGGCCUUCGUCGCUUAUAUAAACACGGGAUUAUGCAAGCCAUUAAGUGCGUUGUGGUGGGCGAUGGAGCCGUGGGUAAGACGUGUCUGCUCAUCAGUUACACAACCAAUGCCUUCCCUGGAGAAUACAUCCCGACAGUGUUUGACAACUAUUCUGCCAAUGUUAUGGUAGAUGGCAAGCCAAUCAAUCUGGGGCUCUGGGAUACAGCAGGCCAAGAGGACUAUGAUCGCUUGCGUCCUCUGUCAUAUCCACAAACUGAUGUCUUUCUUAUCUGCUUCUCCCUGGUUAACCCUGCCAGUUUUGAGAAUGUCAGAGCAAAGUGGUAUCCAGAAGUGCGUCACCACUGUCCUAACACACCCAUCAUCUUGGUAGGCACGAAGCUUGAUCUCCGAGAUGACCGUGAAACCUUAGACAAACUUAAGGACAAGAAGUUAACUCCUAUUUCGUACCCUCAGGGUCUGUCUAUGGCCAAGGAGGUUGGUGCCACGAAGUAUUUGGAGUGCUCUGCUCUAACCCAGAAGGGACUCAAGACUGUGUUUGAUGAAGCUAUUCGUGCUGUGCUGUGUCCUAUUAAACCCCCAAAUAGGAAACGCAAAUGUACCCUCCUUUAAAGCCCAGUAGAUGAUUAUCUAGGCCCCAAAUGAGUGGAUUUUUUUAAUUGUGUCAUGGCUUUGGAAUCAUGUUGACCAUCUGUGAUAUAUCAGUAUCUCAAACGUGUCCCCAAAUAAAGGUAUUUUUUUCCUUUUGGCCACUUGGUUCUGAUAUGUCAUAGGAAGCCGUACAGUAUGGUUUUAAAGUGAAUUGUGUAUUAUGUGUUGACAGUUACUAUACUGCUAUAUAAAGUGAUUUUUCCUGUUGAACGUGAGGAAAAAUGUCUGUCAAGACAAAAACCAAUGAAUGGAAAAUGGCAGUUGGGAUUUCAUAAUUGGAGUCAAAGGUAUUUGGUUUAUGAAAAGCAAUUUUUUUUAUACAACCCCUGUUUGGGAGACACAUUAGCAACACUUAAAAACCCUGCACAUCAGUAAUGUACCCAUUUUUAUUAUUAUUACUAAUUUAGAGCUAUGAAGAAUUUUUAAUUUUUCUACUAAUCAGAUAAAUUUGAAUGUCUGUAGUUCACUUCCAAGAGACUUUCAUCGUACAAGCACAAAAACCUACGUGAAUCUUAUAGGAAUUAAACAUAUUUAGUGUAAUCAUAAAUUUGAGGUUGAGUAUACUUAACUGGUCUUUGCAAUAUUGUUUACAGCAUUGAAUCACACAUUGUUUACCUCCAUUACAUUUGUAUAAUUUUGGUAAUAUAAAUUUUAUUUUUCAUUCCAUAUUAGCAGUUUAACAGAUUAUAGUGCAGCAGAUGUAUUAACAGAACAUGCUGAACCUUUUCCAGCAGUCAACACAUUAUAUGCACUUAUGAUCCUUGAGAGAACAUAAUUUGUGCCUUGUUGUAUUGCUUUUGGGAAUUGUAAUGGUUAUAUUCCGGUUCAAGAUGAGAACUAAGAAAAUGUUGGAGUAUCAAUGCUAUAAUUUCUGCUUUAGUUACCAAGAACUGAUGCAGGCACCAGUGUGCAUGCGUGUGUUGAUUUGUCUGAUGGCAACAAAUCAUUUGACAUUUUCUUGCCAGUCUCCAUAAAGAAUCAUGAUUUAAUUUAUUUUUUUAAGAACUGUCAUGUGUAGAAAUAAUUGUGGAAAGUUAGUGUUUUAAUGAGGCUUGCAGUUGACAUAUCUGAAAUAUGACCCAGAGUUAGUGUUUCAAUGUACUGUACUUUAUGGAUACUCAUCGUGGUGAUGCGUUAACACCCUUGGAGGUUUUUAAAAGUUUCUAGUAUAUUAGAGAAAUGAUAUAGGUGAAUGAUAGCAAGAAAUGCAGCUUUUAGAAACUAUAAAAUGUGUGGCUGCGCUGCUUCAGUGCUUUCCUUGGGGCCACCUUGCAUAACACAGGAAGUGUCCGAGAGAAAUAGGCGUAAAAGCCAUUAAUAUCUGUGAUUUUUAUCAGUAUCGUAAUAAUCAUCCUUCAGCUCUCAUCCAAACUGUCUUUAUAAAUUUAUGCACAAACUAUAUAAAUAUAAGAUGCUAAAUGGGAUGAGGUUUGCUGUGAAGAUCUUUUAUUUGGCAUGUAAAAACUUGUCACAUCUUGUGCUUAGUAGACUAGUUCAGCAUCCUUGUAACCACCCAGAGUUUAAAAAGUUAAUAUUUUUUUCAAGUUUUGUAUCUAGUAGCCUUUCAAAGUGAAACGAUUGAAAGCGGCAGUAGUAAUAUCUAUUCUGGUGUUCUUAAUUUGGCAAGCUAGUGGUCUUUCCUGUGAAUGAAUAAAUCGUGGAAGUAGAUUUAAUUUUAAUGAAUUACAGGUACUGGUAUGUUCAAGAAAAAGCCUUAAGACUCAAAACUCCUCACAUUUCCAUAUAAUUGCAUAUUUUGGUGCAACUGCAUAGUAAACAUUGGAAUUAGCAAUGUUAAAGUAUUAAGAACUCAUAUCUUCACAUUUCCAUAAUGGUUGCAGGAUAAGUAUACAUAAGAUAUGAUGCUAACAUGUUAUCAGCUAGGUUUGGCAGUGCUUUUGGCUAGCCAGGAUAUUUUAGCAUCUCGGUUGUAAGUGCUUGAAUACAGCAUUGCAGAUUUGAAGGUUUAUACCUUACUGCCUGAUGAAAAAGGUUACUAAGCAUCAUAGUCUUGUUAAUCUUUGCACUUCUGCCCAGUGGUAGUCUGUAAAACCAGUGAAGACUAGCCUUUUUGUGUUAGGGUACAGAUAAAAGUGAAGCAUUUAGAUCUUAAUGAUACAUUGACAGUAGUUACACUGAAUGAUGUGUAGUAACAAGUCUUUGAUAGAGAGGUAUUCAAUGAAGAUAUUAUGCCAUUAUAUAUCAAUGCAGUGCCCUCCUUAUCCACUGUAUGUGGAGUAAGUAGUUAUCAAAAAGUGUUCAGCCAGGGUGGCUAUAUAGCACUGUGGUGUACACACACACACACACACACACACACACACACACACACACACACACACACACACACACACACACACACACACACACACACACACACA